CGUCAUCGGCUCGUAUCACUGCUACCGUCUCACUCGCGCGGAUGUUCAGAAAAUGUUUAGUUAGAAAUGGGGUUUAAAACAAUUUCUUUACUUAUCACACUAAAAAAUAAAUAUUGAUAACAUACAUACAUUUAACCAAACAUCCCACGCGCUUUCAUUCUUCAAUUAAAUACCAGACAUCACCGGAAUGUUUCCCAUCGGACUCUUUUAAGAGACGGACUAAGCCAGCAGCUACGAGGUGUGAGUGAGUGUUGUUUUUGUAGAGAUUUGGGGAGAUUUUCUCGCGGAAAGCUCCAGGAUUGGCUGGAAUGGCUCUGCCAGGUGUAAACAAGGAUAACAUUCGAGCUGGAUGCAAAAGAUGUGGCUAUCCGGGUCAUCUUACAUUUGAGUGUCGAAACUUUGUGCGGGUGGACCCGAGGAAGGAUAUUGUUCUCGACGUGAGCAGCACAAGCAGCGAAGAGAGCGAAGAAGAACAGGAAGCUGUCAGUAAGGAGAAGAUCUUUGGGAGCAGCCAUUCUAAAGGUUCCCACGAGGAUUCAAAAAAGGAGAAACAUAAAAAGAGAAGAAAAGAAAAAGCCCAUCGAAAAGCAAAAAAGAGGUCUUAUUCAUCCAGUGAUGAUGAUGACGAGGAGGAGAGCAGGAAAAAGAAAAAGCAUAAGAGCCAUAAGAAGAAAGACAAAAAGGAGAAGAAAGAAAAGGAGAAACACCACAUAAAAAAGCGUAAGAAGAAACACACUCAGUCCUCCUCAUCAGACAGCUCCAGCGGAUCUUCAGACACAGACUGAAAAACAGGACCACAUUCAGCAUCUUUUCUGAAGCAUGCAGAACAGGCAUAUGGAUCGUUGCGAGCUGAAGAAACUCAAAGGAGCAAGGCGUGUGUGAAUAUAUUACUGUUAGAGCAGUGCGUUUUUCCCCUGUGAUAAGUAGCCGUGUUCUUGUAAACAGUUUCUUUUUAUCGGUGCUGGUUGGAAAAUGAUCUUUUCUCACUGUAUUUUUUUUUCAUGCUGUAUGAUUUUUGUACAGGAAUUAAAUGAAAAAAAACACAUGGCUGUUACAUUUAUGCAGCGUAUACGAACUUAAUUUUCUGUCUUUUUAAUAAGAGCAACAGCUUAUUAGGUAAGCCUGGUGGUUGUUGAGGUAUUGGGGGUCAAAGCAUCAUAGGUGCGUGGAACGCAAGUGCUUCUGCUAGGAAUUCUCUUCUUUUUCUGCUAAAAGUGACUUGGGAGAAGACCCCAUAUGGCUUUGAAACACCAAAACUGGAGGGAAGGUGUAGUAAAGGUUGCCUAUGCAAGAUGUGCACAUAAUUUUGGACUCAACAUGUUCACAGGAGUUUGGAGGAUAAGAAUUAUCAAAGAAAAUUGGAUAUUUAUAAACAGUAUGGCUGCCAGGUGUCCACAUAGGCAAUCUCUAAUAGCUGAUCAAAUUUGACCCCAAUUAGCCAUUAGGUGGUGCUAUUCAACAAGAACAAGUCUUACUAAUGUCAUCUUGGAAAAGAAUAAAUUACAUCACAUCAUGCUCA